AUGUCAAACACUGUCAUUACAAAAGCCCAGCUGGCUCAUUUGGAUCGCGCAGAACGGUAUCUCUAUAUUAACGCAAUUGCCAAAUUUUACCAACUUAAUGGGUUCCAUCCUCCGUUGCGACUUAAAGAUGAUGAUACAGUUCUUGGUCAAAUCUACUUUAACUCAUUGUCAAGAAGCCAGUAUCUUAGUACCAAUGUUUUCCUUGGUAAGUACGACGCCAAAAAGAUUGCAGCCAGUGCUCAGCGUUGUCCAUGGCAAAGUACAAUUUCUCUUGAUGAGUGCUUGUUGAGUAAUUACAGUGAAGAAAAUAGUAGUGAUGGUAGUAAAAGCCAACAAAAGGUUCCGUUAAGUAUUAACGAGAUUCAUCGGAUCCAACAAAUUGAGUUUGAAAAGACAUUUCAGUGGAUCACUCAGAAAGAACGCGAGUACAGUUUGGAAAAGGAACGGCUGGCCAAACAGAUAUUAUUAGAACAAUUUUUUAUCAACAACAGUAAUAGUAAUAAUAAUAAUGCCAACAAUGAUAUGAUAAAAAUAAAAGACUCUGACCCAACAACCAUAUAUUGGAUGAUGAAUUCUACACCUCAAAAUACAUUUAUACCAAUGACAUCAGUUCCGUCAAAAAUGAUUUUUUUCUCAACGAAGCAACAGCAGCAGCAGCAGCCUUGUCCAGUUCCUGGGUGCACGGCGUGUGCUACUGGUGUUGAAGCCAAUACCUGGAAUAGUUACUAUAAUUCGUUUCAACGAUACCCUGAGAAUAAUAUUCUCACUAGCAAUUUUAAUAAUAGUAGUAGUAGUGCUGUUAGUGUUGUUGAUGCCUCUACAGUCAGUACCGUGACUACGGUUACCGCCCCUUCAACUACAUCAACUUUUACCGAAAACUUAGAUACCGUGAGGGCUUCUCUUGGCACUGUUUCCGGUUUGGGGCAUGGGGCUGAUGUUUCUGGUACUAAUAUUCAUGACGUUGCUGGUGGUGUCAAUCCUUUAAUGGUAAAUUGCACUGACAGUAGUAGUAGCAGCAGCAGCAACAACAACUACAUGUACAACAACAACAACACUACAGAGAACUUAAACUUUGCAGUGCCAGUGACAGCCACAGUAUCAACACCACAAAUAAGCCAGCUUGCCCACCAAGAAAAUGUUUCUGCCACAGCCGUUACGGUACGAGCUACAGGUACCAACAAAAAGAUGAUGGAUGUAGGUGCAGCUAUUGUGGCACCUGGAGCCGAGAGGAAAAGACGGGCACAAGUUAGUAAUAAGGGGAAAAUUUCACGGAAGCGGUCAAGCAAGGCUAUUUUAGUAGAGGCAAUUGAGCCCUCCCAAAAAAAAAAAAAAAAAGAAGAAGAAGAGAAGGAAGAUGUAAAGACCAACCAAAUUCAGAGACUGCAAAAUAAGGUUAUUCCUGGUAGUUAUGCGAAGAAAAGCGAGGAACUGAUUGUGGUCAACACAACAAUGAUUAAUUUACCAGUGUCUGUUUACGGAUACGAAGAUGACGAGGAUGAUGAGGAUGAAGAGAAUGAAGAAGUAUAUGAUGGUGGGAAUGAUGAUGAGGUGAUUAUGGCAAGAGAAAGGGAGCAGAUUGUUGUAAUUGAUGAGAAUAAUGGGUGUGAAUAUAAAGGGAUUCAUUUGUCAGGAAAUAAGUGGAAUUGUCCAGAUGAAAAGGGAGAAUUGAAUGAGAUUUCAAAGCAUUGUCAAAAAAUUGAAAUGGAGGUUGAGCAGGAGAUUAUGAAGUUUGAUAAUUUAGCAUUUUUCCCUAAGGAAACAGGAUCUAAUGAAGAAGAAGGACCCUGGGGGGUUGGAAUAAAGCCAUAUGAGUUUGAAAGGUGUUUAUUUGAAUGUCAAGUAUCUUAA